AUGGGGUGUACCUUUGUGAACAUAAAUGGGGUGUACAAAUAUGAUAUGUGCACCGAGGGUUACGCUGAUGCAUCCAACUUACAUAUUGUUCCAGAGUGCCCUGUCAUCGCCAAUACGUCUUCUUACACCGUCAACUUACCGGAAGAAAGACAACCGGGGACAGUUUUGACUUUUGCCUGUCAUCUCGGGACCGUCAAUACAUCCGGAAAUCUUUCCAGGACAUGCCUGAACGCUACCGUACCCGAUUGGAGUGGAGAUAUCCCCGUGUGCAGCCCCGUCACAUGUGCCAAUCCAAGCACGCAGUUGAACACAGACUUUUCCCUAAUCCCGCCACUUACAGCUCCAGUAUACGGAACUAUGGCGAUCUACGGUUGUGAUGCGGGGUAUAUGCCUGUUGGGAAUGGCACAAUUACGUGUCAAUCUGAGGGUACCUGGACGGAUCUGGAGCUCGUAUGUGUUUAUGAGACAUGCGGUCUCCCACCCGAUGUGGCGAAUGGAUCGUUUAAGGUUUAUACACGAAACAGAUUAUAUGUUGAUCUUAUUCCAUUUAGAGCCAUCUAUUCGUGCAAUGCUGGCCAUGUUCUUUCUGGAAAUAGUAUUGUAACGUGUGACUCAAACGAUGACGGAUGGACCGGAACACCACCGACUUGUACCUUUGUUGAUUGCGGUAUCCCAUUAAACCUGAAGUAUGGUCAGUUUGCCUAUAAUGAAACGUACUAUGGUAGCGUGGCGGUUAUAGAAUGCGAUGCCUCAAAUGAAUUAUCAGAACACUCCACUAUUUCAUGUAAUACAGAAGGCGAAUGGAUUGGAAACGUGAGUUGCCCAUUGCCAUUGUGUGAAACACCAUCGACACCAGUGAAAGGCGACGUAUUCUUCUCCUCCUUAGAAAUAAAUGCUACCGCCUCGUUCACGUGUCAAGAUGGAUACGUGUUAAACGGCGCGAUGAAUAGAACUUGUUUAGAUAAUUUGCAGUGGAGCUUCAUAGAACCAACUUGUGUCAUAGUCGACUGCGGAAUUCUUUUAAACCCUGAUAAUGGCUCUGUUAAUCUUACAUCAGGGACUACGUUUCAGCAAGAUGCAAGCUAUUCGUGUGACAUUGGCUUUACGCUUGUUGGCAGUGACAAAAGAGUAUGUCUAGAGGACGGAACAUGGAACGAGAGUGAGCCUGUUUGUCAACUUGUUGAUUGUGGCCUCCCUCCAGCACUUCAUAACGGCUCCUACAGCUCAUCUUCUGGUACCGUGUACCUAAGCCAACUUGUGUACUCGUGCAAUAUAGGUUUUACUAUUUCCAGAAACGACACCAUCGUUUGCUCUCAUACUGGUGUAUGGAACGGCACUAUGCCACGAUGCACAGCAGUUGACUGUGGACCAGUUACAGCACCAGACAACGGUGAAGUUGUGUUUCCUGGAGGCACAACGUAUGGUCAGAUAGCUACCUUUGUGUGCGACGCUGGUCAUGAGCUGAACGGCAACACUCGUAUCAGAUGCAAUGCUAGCGGCCUAUGGAAUGGUUUAACGCCAUCAUGCAUUUUGUCAGGUGACGUGAUAGCAACUACCCCCAGCAAACCAAACCUUAAACCUCUCUACAUCAUGCCGUGCUUGUGCAAUCCACACAAGGCGUUUGCUGGACUCACGCAGGACGAGAUCAUUGAGCAGCUUGUUCGGAACACCUCUAUUGAAAAGAAGAACACCUCCGCAUUCCUUAACAAAUACAUAAGCCGGGAAGAUAACCGCCCAGUUAGCGUUACUACAGGGUUUGCCAGCGUGUGUGUCAUCAGCACUAUGCUCGCGAUUGCUUGA